ACGGGUUUUGGACUAAAGGUGCCUGAGAUGGAGGAGCAAACUAAAAAUAAUUCAAUUUCGGAAUUGUUUGUCUGCCAAUCAAUGGGAAGGCUUAAUGACGUUGUGUAAGCUGUUGUCCCGACUUGAGGAAGGUUUGCAGAGUGGAGAUAGUGCCGGGACGUGUAUUUUGUCAUUCAGUCAUCAGGAGGUCGGCAAGGGCUUGUUCGAUCUCCUGUAGCAGCUGCAGAAACGUGCUGAGUUCCCUGUCAGAUCAAGCACACAGCUCUUGCGAUAAACUGGAGCCGCUCUGCUGCACUUGACUGAUAAUGUAUCAAGGGUGAAAAGCGAGAACUGAAUUGGCCAAUUUCUCCUGGAACCGACAGAGGAUAAAGAUUGAUUCUCCAAAUCUUUGCAGCAUUACAGCAGAAACCUGCACCAAACAAGUUUUAAAGCAAGUGAUAAGCAUGGGAAGUGUAACGGGCGAAUACUCAGAUCACAACAACCUGCUCUCUCCUCAUGAAAACCAUUCCAGCUUCCGGAAUGCAGGCGAUUGUCACCAUAUUGAUUAUCGACUAUUGAAACGAGACUAUCACCACAGGGUGUUUGUGAACAGGAGCCUGGCACUCGAGAAGAUUAAAUGUUUUGGAUUCGACAUGGACUACACCUUGGCAGUGUACAGAUCUCCGGAGUAUGAAGAGCUGGCUUUUCAGCUGAUGGUAAAUCAUCUGGUAUCCAUCGGAUAUCCCCAGGAAUUGCUUCUCUACACCUACGAUCCAACCUUCCCCACCAGAGGACUUGUGUUUGAUACGCUACUUGGGAACCUUCUGAAAGUGGACUCUAAUGGAAACAUCUUAGUGUGUGCUCACGGAUUCAGUUUCCUCAAGGGGUCAGAGAUUCUUGAGCAAUACUCCAACAAGUUUAUCCAAAGAGAUGACAUAGAACGGUUUUACAUCCUUAACACUCUUUUUAACCUUACUGAAACCUACCUGUAUGCCUGUCUCGUGGAUUUCUUCAUCAAUUGCUCAGAAUACAGCAGAUGUCAAGCAGGCUUUAAAAGUGGCGACCUCUUCAUGUCAUUCCGGAACAUGUUUCAGGAUGUGCGCGAUACAAUGGAUUUCGUGCAUGAUUCAGGGAUAUUAAAGAAGAAAACACUGGGAAACCUGGAUAAAUACGUGCUCAGGGACCCUCGGUUACCCCUGCUCCUCAGUCGAAUGAAAGAAGCUGGAAAGGUUUUCCUUGCCACCAACAGCGAUUACCCCUACACAGAUGCAAUAAUGAACUUCUUGUUUGACCUCCCACCUGGAUUGAAGCCUGGUACUUCACACCAUUCCUGGCAUUCCUACUUUGACUUGAUUGUGGUUGACACACGAAAGCCAUUCUUCUUCGGAGAAGGGACGGUCAUCAGACAGGUGGACAAUGAAUCGGGCAAGCUUCGCAUUGGCGCAUACACCGGCCCCUUGCAACAUGGUGUUGUCUAUUCUGGAGGAUCUUCUGACAUGAUCUGUGACUUGCUGGGGGUGAAGGGUAAAGAAAUACUUUACAUUGGAGAUCACAUCUUUGGAGACAUCCUCAAAUCGAAGAAGCGCCAGGGGUGGAGGACCUUCCUGGUCGUGCCUGAGCUGGCAUGUGAGCUGCAGGUCUGGACCGAGAAGAGUGCACUUUUUGAAGAACUUUAUAAUCUCGAUAUAUUUUUGGCUGAACUUUACAAGCAUCUCGACAGCAGCAGCAACGAACGGCCUGAUAUCACCUCAGUUCGCAAACGGAUUAAGGUGGUGACGCAUGAGAUGGACAUGUGCUAUGGGAAGAUGGGAAGUCUGUUACGUUGUGGCUCCAGACAAACCCUUUUUGCCAGUCAGUUGAUACGUUACGCCGACCUGUAUGCUGCCUCAUGCAUAAACCUCUUAUAUUAUCCAUUCAGCUACUUGUUCCGAGCACCUCCUGUACUGAUGCCCCAUGAAUCAACAGUUGAACAAAUCCCUCUGGAUUUCUGUGAUAUGGAUGUUUUCUUGGAGAAACAACAGAACCACAUUCAACCAACCAACGGGACCCAUCAGGGUUCUUGUAACAGCUCUGAUGAAAGCAUCGAGGAGGAAGAGAAGUAAGAAGAUUCCGUUUCCUGAUGGUGUUGAUUCAUUAGCUUUAGGAAAGAUUCCCUGAUUUCCAAAAGUAAAACAUGUGAAGUGAGCUGGCGGGAUGUUGGUGAUCCAACGGGAACAUUGAUCCUCAGCGUUUGUUUACAGCCGGUUAUCCUGGAAGUUUUCUCAUUACAACCAGCGAGUCAGAUUGACCAAAGUAUUGUUCGACAAGCUGGUGCACUGGCCAUUAUACCAGAGACCUUUAGCAUUUCAAGAACAUGUUUACUGUAACAUUAUAAUCAGCAUAGGGUGACAAUUAUUCAGCAACUCGAUCUGUUCUCACACUAUUAGUCAACCUUCACAAAGUGCACUGAUGUUAUGAUGAAUUUCCAGCACAUGUAUCCCAUGCGAUUUAACGAUCUUGCCUCCAAAGUGGAUGUUGCAUCAUCCUCCACCUCACUAACUGUAGGGAAGGGUGAGCAGACGGAAGGUUGCAGGGAGCUCCGAUUUGGGGUAAUAUGGAUUUAGGAAGAAAUGCGAGAACGAAAUGCAGCAUGGAAACCUGUUCAAGUGUAAAACCUUCAAAGCACAUUACAAGCCCUUCGACCGACCUUCAGGCAACCAUUUACAUCAAUGCUGCACUCAGACCAUUCUCCCCACAUUCUCAUCAACUGCCCCCAGCUACUGCCCCUCACCUACACACCAUGAUCAGUUUCACGUUGCCCAUUAGCCCACCAUCUCACAUUUCUUUGCUAUGUGGGAGAGCUGAGCACCCGGAGAAAACCUGUGCAGUCACAGUGAGAACGUGCAAACUCCACACAGUCAGCCCUGAAGGCGAGGAUUGAACCUGGGGCGUUGGCGCUGUGAGGCAGCGGUUUUACCAGCUGUGGCACGGUGCCGCCCUUAUAUUUCUCACGGAUACGUAUAAUCUGAUGUAGUUGAACGUUGAAUAACAGAGAAUGUGGGAAACACUCACAGGUUAGGAAGCAUCUCUGGAGCGAGAAGCAGAGUAUGUUUCAGGUUUUUGAUGACCUUCCUGUUCUCUCACCUAACCUGCUGAGUUUCCAGCAUUUUACUUUUGUUUUACAAUAUUAGAAAAAUCCAUGGCAGUUAUUGCAGUGGGGCUCCAAGAAUUGAUUCCUUUCCAGAUAUCCCUCUAAGCAUUACCUACACAGAUACCCAGAGACCUGUGCAGCAGUUUGACAUAGAAUGUGAAACAAAGAACAGUACAGCAUUAGAAUAGGCCCUUCGGCCCACAAUGUCUGUGCCAAACACGAUGCCAAGACCAUGUCUUAUCUGCCUGCACAUGAUCCAUGUCCCUCUAUUCUCUGUGUAUCCUUGCUCAACAUUGGCCGAUAGAUUAGUGAGUGAAUAUGUCACACUCCUUCAAGGUCAACCCUUUCUGCCAGCAUAGUCCAUUCAUUCCUGUACCUCCUCCGCAGUUUCACACUUCUCAUGUUAUGUUCCAACACUUUCCUGCUCUCACUCCUCUCUACCCCAACAAAACCCUUCAGCUCUGCAGCCCACCGAGAUGUCUGAGCUACCCUGACUUAGUUUCUCAUGUAUCCC